AUGGAUACCAUAUCAGCCAUCCCAGGAUGCGGAGGGAUGGAAAGGAUGCGCCUCAGGAUCCAAGGGUACGCUAAGGUCACGGCGGUCAUGCAUUUCCAGCAUCUUAAUGAGGACCUUUCUGCCGUCUACUGCAAUCGAGAUAUUGUCAUCAGUAUAGGCGAGGUCGGCAAUCACCAUCUCAAUAUCUUUCCGUAUAUGGUCCGCCGGAAACGAGCGCUCGACAAGCAAGAAACCGGCUAG